UAAAACGUCAUGACGUAUGACGUACGUGCCCCGCCCCACUGGGUGAAGCGUUUCCGUCAAGAUGGUUGUUGGUGCCUUCCCUAUCGCCAAGCUCCUCUACCUGGGAGUAAGGCAGAUGAGCAAGCCCGUGGCGAACCGGAUAAAAGCUGGUGCCCGGAGAAGCGAGUUCUUUAAGAACUACAUCUGCCUGCCGCCGGCCCAGUUUUAUCACUGGAUUGAGAUGAGGACAAAGAUGCGGAUCAUGGGCUUUCGGGGCGCCACCGUCAAGCCACUGAACGAGGACGCGGCCGCAGAGCUGGGCGCCGAGUUGCUGGGCGAGGCGAUCAUCUUCCUCGUCGGUGGCGGCUGCAUGGUGUUGGAGUACAGCAGGCAGGCCUCAAACGCUCGCCGCAAGGAGGACGAGCUGAGCGACACCAUCACAAACCUACAGACUGAGCUAGCAGAGCUAGCGCUAACCACAGAGACGCUCAGCGCCCAGCUGAGAGAGGUCAACCGGCUGCUGCUCUCCUUCCCUGCUCCCACCCAAAAGUGACUGAAUUAAUUCAGUGUCGUGCAUAUUGUAUGCCUGUGUGUGAAAGGGGGGAAGUGCACCAGCAACCUACUGUCAUACAUACAGCCUGAUAGCUACUUUGCUACUCUAUGUCUCCUGAGGGGCGGAGGAGAUGGGUGUCUGUGCACUGUGCUAUUUGGGGCUAUAAUUUGCUCUCGUUUUGAGCAACUAGUUGUAAAGUGGGAUUGCUAUGAUAUUCAUAGUGGAUUUCUAUGGUUGGCAUUGCAAGUUCAUUGAAAAAGUCAUUGUACAGAAAGAUGUACAGCACCAGGCAAUGGUAACCCUCGAGGUAAUAUAUUUUGUAACAGCUCCAGCAUAUCACCUAAUUAUUUGUAACAUCUUUGCUUUCAUAAUUUAUUGGCCUCUGUUUGAAGUGACAGUUGAUUAUACAUUUUCUGAUCCAAAAAAACAACAAAAAAGUAAAAGAAAACCAACAUUAUCAUUUUAUUAUUUUUUAGACUAUCCACAAUCACUGUUUAAUUUACAUCUCAUGUUGUGAACACUGGUUCAUGUAAAGUGCAAUGAGAGGGGAUAAAAGAAUGGUGUGAAAUAAAAAUGAUAUGCUGCCUGUUAAUCUGUGUCAAGUAUUCUGAUCAUAAAACCAUAAAAUACCAUUACUCAGCACACACUAGCUGUACUUUACAAGGUUGGCCUGUUUUAGAUGUCAUAAAUGG